AGUCACAAUUAAUCGCGCUGCUGGGAUACAGUCAAAAAUUGCUGAAUCUGUGUUUCAUUUUCUCUGUAACGGUAUAUAUGACAGUAUGCUCUCUACUGUUUUUGCUGUACGGGUUUUUGCAGUCCUUGAGAAUUGCAUGUCAUUAAAAAAAAGACCAUUAAAUGAAAAUAAUAUGUUUCUCCUUUUUAGAUUACACAUUAGGAAAUGACCCGGUUUCUUUUCGCAUACGGUAUAUCUAGAAGUAGUUUGCGGUGAUGGUGAUUCACAGUUUGUAACCCGCAAGUCUGACAUUUAUACUCCCUGAAACCGAACGCAAAGGUGACAUCCUGGCGCUUAUGCGAUGUGCUCGUGCUGAUAUUUUUGAAUAGUACAGGGUUAUAAUUAAUAUCAGAUUUUGGUACGGGUGUCAUGUGCCCAGGUAUUAAACCCCUCCGACCAGUACUGAUGGUAGACAGGUUUGGUGCCUUUGCCACUAGUUCAAAUUACAGCUUGUAUUUAUUAGAAACACACUGCUUGGCACGUUGUCAGGGUGACUCAUUAUAAGCACCUGUCCACAUAGAAAUCAGUUCCCCUGUUGGAUAGCCAUUAGAUUUGUGUUUGCUCAAAGCUGUCUCACCUUUGUUUGCCAGAGUUGGUGUCAACAUGGAAUGCUGUGAAUUUAACCCUUUCUACUGUAUGGAUCGCUGACACCCCCUGUAACCAUGCCUGCAAAUCCCAAUCCGUGUCUUAUGGAAAAGAUAAACCAGUCACUACAAAUAUUAAUAAAUCAAAUCCAGGUAUUUGCUGGGAGGGCCUUUUCAUUACAGUUCUUGAAAUAGCCGUAGCAAAGCAUUUUUCACAAAAGAAGGUUAAUUCAGGUGUCAGAAAUAUGACCCUCAGGGAUAAGAAUCCAGUUUGACUGGAACUGCAACAUAUGUGUAAUUAUUAGUGCGUUUUCACAAUGUCGUGCAUGCUAAUGGCUGGUGUAUUCUGAGCUCAACCCAUAUCUACUAGAGUGCAGCUUCUGGUGUUCUCCUUUAAAUGUUUAUUGCUGGGGGCCAAGUUGCCUGGAAUGUUGGAACUGGAACUGCUCAUUGGCUCUCCCAACCUGAAGCCACACCCACAUUUGCUUUUUAAUAAAGUCCAGGUAAGCAAGGCCCCUCCCGUCACUGAUACACCACUGAGAAACGUCUUACUGUCCCUGAAUAGCAAAGCUUUUCUGACCGUCGGGGAGCGCUUUUGUGGUGGGGUUUUAACUUUCUGACUGUUUUUCGUGUUGCGAGCAAAAAUCAAAAAUUGCCAGGAAGGAUGAGAACAGUCUAAAAACCCCAAUUGUGACAGUAUGAGGACUGUUAUGCAAAUUAAGUGGGCAUCUAAUUAGCAUAACAAUUAUUCCACCACCUUUAUGUAAAUUGCACCCAUUCCAUCUGUGGGUAAACAGCAGAAAAGGAUUUCAUUUUAUGAUGGAAACAACGGUCGGGAUAAGAGGUCGGGUUAAAACAGACACUUUUGAUUUUCAGGGCCACUCUGUCUAGGUUUCAGAGACUGACUGAAUGACACAGAGCGUGUUCCUUUAGUGAUCACAGAAAAAAUCAGAGGAAACAGGAAUGGAGACAUUUAAAGGAACUUUGACAGAACAUUGUUCUGAGUGACAGACAUGCUUUCAAUAAUGGAAAUAGAUUGAAGCUCUAAGGAUUUCACCACUACCAGAAAACAGGAGGGAUGGUUAGAGAACAAAACCAUUGGGGUCAAAAUAAUCUGGUUUCAGAUAGUGCAGACUGAAGCACCUGGAAACGCACUUUAACCAGGCCAAAGGGUGACUGUAGACCACUCAGCAUACCUUCCAGACCCUCAGUAGAGCACGAGGCAGAAUGAAAAUUAAAAACCUGGAAAAACAUGGAAAUAAAGUAUCCCUUUUUUAAAAAUACCUCAAGAACCCCCCGCUGCCUUUCCGCUCUCCAGUUUGAGACUGUGAGAGCCUCCUGUGAAAUGGCAGCACGAUCCUGGCUGCGGGUUCUGCUGCGAGGCCGUAAGACUCAGCUCCUCCUGGUCAACAUGCUGACCUGCGGCCUGGAGAUCUGCAUGGCCACCGGGACCACCUGCGUGCCCCCCCUGCUUCUGGAGGCUGGGAUAGAGGAGCAGUUCAUGACCAUGGUCCUGGGUGUGGGGCCGGUCCUUGGCUUGGUGUUCGUCCCGAUGAUCAGCUCGGCCAGUGAUUGUUGGACCGGGCGCUAUGGCCGGAGACGCCCCUUCAUCUGGUUGCUGUGCCUGGGUGUCCUGCUGAGCCUGAUCCUCAUCCCCCACGCCUCGCUGCUGGCGGGCUGGCUGUCCGUGCAGAGCAAAGGGCUGGAGGUGGCUCUGCUGAUCACUGGGAUCUGCUUGCUGGAGUUCUGCGGCCUGGUGUGCUUCACCCUUCUGGAGGCCCUGGUGUCAGACCUGUUCCAGGACGAGGAGGGGUGCCGGCAAGCCUUCGCCAUGCACUCCCUGAUGAUCAGCCUGGGCGGCUGCGUCGGCUACCUCCUCCCAGCCGUCGACUGGAAAAGCAUCCCCCUGGUGCCUUACCUGGGCGGGCAGGAGACCUUCAUCUUCAUCCUGCUCACCCUCAUCCUCCUGUUCUGUCUGCUGGGCACAGCCUUUGUCUCCGAGGAAGUCUUGAAGAGCGGAGGGAGAGGAGUGGAGUUUUCAGUGGUGGAGUCCCGUUUUAAGUGCCAGUACCCCUGCCCCUUGUCUUUCCGCCUGCGCCACCUGCUCUCUGCCCUGCGCAGCUGCUGUGCCCUCCUGCCCAGGCUGCGGCAGCUGUGCCACCGCGUGCCCCGGGUGAUUCGGCAGCUGUUUGUGGCAGAGCUGUGCAGCUGGAUGGCUCUCAUGACCUUUAUUCUGUUCUACACAGACUUCAUCGGAGAGGGUCUGUACAAGGGGGUGCCCAACGCCAAGCCGGGCAGCGCCGAGAGGCUGAGAUACAAUGAAGGGGUGCGGAUGGGCAGCCUGGGCCUCUUCCUGCAGUGUGCCACCUCUGCGAUGUUCUCUCUCUUUAUGGGCCGGCUGGUGAAGAAGCUGGGCCCGCGGGCCGUCUAUUUGAGCAGCGUGGCCUUCCUCGCCCUCGCCACCCUGGUCAUGUCCCUGUCACGCAGCCUGGUCCUCAUCACAGCCAUGGCGGGCAUGACCGGCUACACCUUCUGUACCCUGCAGAUCCUGCCUUACACACUCGCCUCGCUCUACCACAGCGAGCACCAGGUGUUUUUUUCCCAGCACAACACAAGAGGAGCCACUGCUAAAGAAGAAGGGGGAAUGACCCACAAGCCUCCCUACAUCAACGGGCAUCCGGGGGGCAUGCCGGGACUUGGGCUGCCGCUCCCUGCCUCCCCGCCAGCCCUCUAUGUGUCUGUGCCCGGCGAUGGCACGGCGCCCCCUGCUGGUCGGGGGAUCUGCCUGGACCUGGCCAUCCUGGACAGCGCGUUCAUGCUCUCCCAGGUGGUGCCCUCCCUCUUCAUGGGCACCAUCGUUCACUUCAGUCAGUGCGUGGCCGCCUACAUGGGCUGUGCCUCUGCCAUAGGGCUGGUGGCCAUCUACGUCUCCACGAAAGUGGUCUUUGAGAAAAGUGACCUGUGCCGGUAACGGCACUUCGGGUAGGCCUGACCCAGCCCCUCUGAUAAUAAUGCCCUGAUGAAAUUGAUUUGCACACAAGUUCAAACACCCUGAAGGUGACCCCUGUGCUGUGCCUUGGGAUUUUUACUGUACACAGAAUCAGCCUUGGUUUGACACCAAGUGCCAUGCUGGGACGCUGCAUUUCAAAGAGAAUCGAGUCUCCUACUGAGCCACCAACACCUCUCCGUACACUCGCACUACAGCACCAGGCUUUCGUUGACCUGAUGACAGGACAAGGUCAAGUCAGACCCCAAGUUGUGAAGACAUUUAUACAUGUCAAAGACUUUUUAUAAAGAUGUUAAUGUGCCUUUAAAACAAUGUAUCUACCUGAUACCAUGGCUGCCUAUUACCACAGGUGUUGGCAGGUGGAUGUUUGUUAACAAUAUAUAAAAUAAAUGGAUGUAUGUUUCUAAAGUGGUGAGGGGAGGUAACAGUGAAAGACAGUGACUGCCCUGAAUGCAAGAUCCAAUGGUCAUAUACAUUGAAGUAAAAACAUGCCAGUAAAUAUCUUCAAUGUGCUCGGUCUGUAAGACCACACGCAAGAUUUGCAACAACUUGAGGAAUGCCUUUAAUGAUGAAUGCUAAUAAAUGAAGGCUAGUUAGUAUUACUUGAUGCACUGGAAUAGACAGCUGAAAGUGUGCAAGAUGCCAACACUUAGCGAUAGACAUCUCUUUGUUUGUCCAUACAAAGUACAUCCUGCAACGUUCUCCUGAGUGGUUUAUGGUGUCUAAUACCCUAUCCAGACUCCCCAGAUAACACACCUGAUUGCUGCUCUCACCAUUUACAAGCACAUUUAUAAAACGCAAUGAUUGCACUGAUUAUGGAGGUAGCCUGAAGUGGGCGACCUUGCAAUUAAACCAUACAUGGUGUGAUAUUUCUAUCAAUUCCAAUUGGUAUGCCGGUGCACUUAUAGAUGAGUCUGCAGAAGGCAUGCUGGCACUGCACCACAGCUAUCACAAGGAUUAUAUAAUUGUUGAUAGAUAUAAAAUAUGUAUUUAUUUAUUUGAAUGGGAAUAAGGGCAUUCCUUUAUUGUUAUAGUUAUUAUAUAUGAAAAUAAAUCUUUGCAAUGGGUUUUAA